AUGUCACGCUCAGUCCGCACACACCGCUCCAACUCUAGCCGUUCAGGGGUCGAAGAGGAUCCGGAUGCAGUCCCUUUGCUCAGCGUACGCAGCGAAGGACAAUUCGCAUUGGAUGAGGAUACACAGCCCAUGAGAGGAGAUGAGGAUGCGUACGGUUCGGAUGAAGCGGAGGAGCAGGGCAACAAAUAUCCGCCCACGUCUGCCCCUCCUACGUACGAACAGGCACUAGGAAUGCUGGGAGAAGGCUCUUCCGGAAGUGUGCAGCGUGGUGGUGGGGGUGGUGGUGUUAGAGGAAUGCGCAACAAUGAUAACCAUGGACGAUGGAGAGAUUCCAUCCCUCAAAGGAUUAGGAAUUGCACAUCCGAUCUCGACCUGCGUCCUCCCACCUACCUUUUGCAGCCUGUGCUGGAUGGAAGCAAAGCUGCAGCGCUCAAGCUGUACUCUUUGAUAUGCAGACUUUGGCCCAGCAGCAGGUUGGGACAAGCAGGAUUGGCGCUUGCUGGAAUGUGGAUACUCGUAGUCUUUUCUGGACCGGUCUUUGAGGUCAGGGACUGGGAUCAGUCCAGAGGUGAUAGGGAUCGACAUCGAGCAGAGUGGUGGAAAGGCGUUGGAGAUGUGAGGGUGGCGGAUGAUCUCAAACAAGCGCCAACAGCUCCGGGUCCCAUCUCAGGCGACGGUCAUAUCGUCUUGCCAGCGGAGUGGUCCGACCCUCAUUGCGCCCUAUUCACCUAUCGUGGAUAUCCGCCCUACUGUCGAACCAGCGCAUCUUUUAACCUGAGCAUACCCGAUUCUUUUGCAGGCACAGCAUCCAACUUUGUCUAUGCGGAUCCACUGCGAUUGUCGGGCAUGAGCGAUGGGCGAGGCAGGGUGCCUGGAAGGAUCUUGGUAAGGAGAGCGAGGGACACAAGGGAGGAGAUCAGGCAUGAGGAUGGGACACCUUUGAUUGGGGUUAGGGUGGAAGCUAGGUAUGAGAGAGGAAGUCCAGGUUUGCUCAGAGGCGUGUCUGUGGGUAAAAUGUUGGCGGGCGUUUGGGGUCAAGGAGUAGGCAUCUAUUCACUCCCCUUGACACAUCAAUUGCGCAACAGGUUCCCGCCGCCCCUCUCGUUCGAGAUUCGCGUAAUCCUUCCGAGCAGUCCGAGCGCCUUGCCGGCCCUCAAGCUGGAAGCUGCAGCGAUGGAUAUCGAUUUCAUGCACCUGGACGAGCUGGACUACGAUGCCGACUCCCUCGCGGAAUCUGCAUCUACGGGAAGCGAGUCGAAUAGACCAGCGCAAGAAGAGUGGUCCAAGGCGGUCGAUACGGAAGGGAUUUAUUAUGGCAGAUUGCAGCUCUCUUCGGGAGAUGGGAGUGUGCGCAUCGGGAGCGGCGGAGCGCUCGCAGUCUCUCAUGUACAUGCACGAGCCACGUCGGGCAACAUCGCGGUCGAGGGACCUCUCAUCGCACCGGCCGUAGAGCUGCACUCGGACAAUGGCAUCGUUCGACUGGGCAGAAAAGCCGGUUCGAGUGCUUCGUCGACGCGCCCUAGAAGGAGAAGAGGAGAAGAGGCAAACGAAGAAGCUUCUAUAAAGGUUUGGAAAUCGGCAGUGUUGGAUACUUGGAAUGGAGCGGUGGUGCUGGAAAAGGGAUCGGUGGUGCAGGGACCGCAACUCAGAGGUACUUCGCGCAAUGGACGCAUAGAGGGAGAAGGCGUUUGGGCCACUAAUGGUACGCUUUUACUUCGCUCGACGACUGGCAACAUCGAUAGUCGAGUAUCGGUGCUGGAUCCUUUGGCGCCCCGCACGUCCUCAUCAGCCGUCGGAUCAAGAUCGAUCGACGUGCGAGCCGACUCCACAUCCGGCAGCGUGCAUCUCAAGUACAUUUCGCACGCACCCAGCAUCAUCCUGCACAGCAUCGUCUCGUGCAAAUCCAACAACGUCUCCACCACGCUCCAUCGAAACUUUUUCGGCGACUGGAACGUGAGGGCGGCAAAGAGGUUGGGGGUGAGGGUAAAGAGACCGCCGAAUGAUGGGGUUAGGGGGGAUUGGAUCAGCCAGGGAAGAAGAGUUGGACAGAUGGAAGAGAGCGAAAAGGGAAGUUUGAAUAGAGCUCCUUUGUUGGGACAAGCGAAGGAACAGCAGCAGGGAUCACAAGGCGAAGUUGGAUCAGCGGAAGUUAGCAGUGCGCUCGGAGAGGCUUCCAUCGAGUUUGCAUAG